GUUAUGCCGCUAGGCAAACAAAAGGCGGAUUAAUUCACCGUGGCUUGCUGGGGCUUAGGUGCACGUACUCAGGCCGUGUGCAGGCCGAAGUUGCAGUUGAAUUUUCAUUACAUCAUCAUUUACGUUUAUAAUAACACGAUAGCAUCUACCUGAGAGCGUAUUGAGCAGCACUUGGAGGAAAUGCGCCGGGCGAUCGCGCUGGGCGUUGGGCUUGCCCUCCUUGGGCUUCUGCUGCCGGGAUCGCUGGCGUUCAAGGAGAAUGAGUUUAAGAAGUGCGCCCAGACGAGCUUCUGCUCCCGGAACAGGAAUGUGCAGCAGGGCGCCAACUUCGAGAUUGUCCCGGCCUCAGUUACGCUAAACACGGCGACGCUGACCGCGACGCUCAUGAACAAGCAGGCCAGCAAGCACCUGCAGCUCACGCUGACGGCGCACGCCGAUGGCUUCGUGCGCCUGCUCAUAGACGAGUUGCCAUCAGUGGGCCGCUACCAGGUCCCCAGCGACAUCCUGGUGUCUGGGUGGGAGACCCGCAAGGCGGCGAUCAAGGAGGAGAGCCGCAGCGCCAACGGCGUCGUGCUGGUGACUGGGGACACCAAGCUGGAGCUCAACUACGCACCGUUCACACUGGCGGUCAGCGUUAAGGGCGUGCCGGCGCUGCAGCUCAACAGCCGCAACCUGUUCAACUUUGAGCACCGCCGCCCCAAGCAGGACUCCGACCCUGCGGGCUACUGGGAGGAGACGUGGAUGGGCCACACCGACACCAAGCCUAAGGGCCCUGAGGCCAUGUCGCUGGACCUGGUGUUCCCCGGCUUCAGCCACGUGUACGGCAUCCCCGAGCGCGCCACCAGCCUGUCGCUCAAGGCCACCAACGGCAACGCUCCGUACGGCGAGCCCUACCGCCUGUACAACCUGGACGUGUUCGAGUACCUGGACGACCACCCCUUCGGCCUGUACGGCUCCAUCCCAGUCAUGCUGGCGCACAAGAAGGGCCUCACCGUGGGCGUGUACUGGAACAACGCGGCCGAGAUGUUUGUGGACGUGGUGAAGGGGCGCGACGUGGGCACGCAGUGGAUUGCUGAGAGCGGCGUGGUGGACCUGUUUGUGUUCACGGGCGCCACGGGCCCGGCGGUGCUGGCCUCGUACGCCAAGGUGGCCGGCACCACGGCCCUGCCGCAGCUGUUCUCUCUGGGAUACCACCAGUGCCGUUGGAACUACAAGGACGAGGCGGACGUGAAGGCCGUGGACGGCGGCUUCGACGCGCACGAGAUCCCCUACGACGUGCUGUGGCUCGACAUUGAGCACACCAACGGCAAGAGGUACCUUACCUGGGACAGCUCCCUGUUCCCCAACCCAGUGGCCAUGCAGGAGGACGUGGCCAGCCGCGGCCGCAAGAUGGUCACCAUCGUGGACCCGCACGUCAAGCGCGACUCAUCGUACUACAUCUUCAGCGAGGCCGAGAGCGCCGGGCACUACGUGAAGAACAAGCACGGCUCGGACUUCGACGGCUGGUGCUGGCCCGGCCAGUCCAGCUACCUGGACGUGACCAGCCCCGUGGUGCGCAACUGGUGGGCGCAGCAGUUCACCACGGACAAGUACCAGGGCAGCACCAAGCACCUGUACAUCUGGAACGACAUGAAUGAGCCGUCCGUGUUCAACGGACCCGAGAUCACCAUGCACAAGGACAACCUGCACUACGGCAACGUGGAGCACCGCGACAACCACAACCUGUUCGGCGUCUACUACCACAUGGGCACCGCAGACGGACUCAAGCUGCGCGGCAGCCAGGUGGACCCGGAGAACGGCGACCGCCCCUUCGUGCUGUCGCGCGCCUUCUUCUCGGGCACCCAGCGCGUGGGCCCCAUCUGGACGGGCGACAACGCGGCGCAGUGGAGCCACCUCAAGGUGUCGGUGCCCAUGCUGCUCACGCUGGGCCUCACCGGCCUGCCCUACUCGGGCGCCGACGUGGGCGGCUUCUUCGGCAACCCCGACGCCGAGCUCAUGACCCGCUGGUACCAGCUGGGCAUCUACUACCCCUUCUUCCGCGGCCACGCCCACCUGGAGACCCAGCGCCGCGAGCCCUGGCUGUUCGGCCCUGACGUCACCGCCCGCAUCCGCGCCGCCAUCCGCGGCCGCUACGCGCUGCUGCCGCACAUCUACACGCUCUUCCGCGCGGCCAACACCACCGGCCAGCCCAUCCUGCGCCCGCUGUGGUUCGAGUUCCCGGAGCAGGAGGACCUGUACGCCGAGGAGGAGGAGUUCAUGGUGGGCAGCUCCAUGCUGGUCAAGCCCGUCACCGCGCCCUCCACCUUCACAGUGGACGUCACCUUCCCCCAGGGCUCCCGCUGGUACGACGCCACCACCGGCGCCCCCGUGCCGCCCAAGACCAAGACGCAGCGCGUCGAGGUGAACCUGAACGGCAUCCCGGUCUACUACCGCGGCGGCUCCGUGGUGCCCCGCCGCGAGCGCCCCCGCCGCUCCACCGCGGCGCAGCUGGCCGACCCCUAUACGCUGGUGGUGGCGGCGGACGACAAGGGCGAGGCGGAGGGCCAGCUGUACGUGGACGAUGGCCGCUCCUUCGCGUUCCAGCGCGGCCUGUACCUGCACAGGGACUUCAAGUUCUCCGGCAACAAGCUCACCUCCACCAAGCAUGUGGAGCCGGGCGUGCCGGACGGCACCCUCACCGUGCCCACCACCAUUGAGCGUGUGGUGUUCCUGGGCCUGCCCGCCGCCAAGAAGGGCUACAAGGCCGUCAUCAGCGACGGCGUCAGCGGCGCCAAGCACACCGUGGCGCUGGAGGCGGGGCCGCUCAGCAUGGCGGCGGCGCCCGACUCUACGCAGGCACUGGUGCUGCGCAAGCCCGACCUGCCCGUGUCGCACGACUGGACCGUGGAGAUUGUGCAGGUGUAAGGUUGCAUGCAGGUUUUGAGAGUUUGGUUCGGUGAUAGGAGAGAGUGUAUGUGUUAGAGGAUGUGUCGGAGGAGGGGUUGAAGACGAUGGUGAGGGUCGGGUGGUGCGAUGGAGGAUGUAGGGGCGGUGCGUGGUGUGCAGGGCUGCGGGUGUUUGGCAGUACUUGCGGGCUUGAAGGCUGCCAACGCCUCGGUGAGCAGAUUGGGCAUAUGAGGUAUGUGUACUGCCAGGUAUUUGUGGCCUGUGUCGCGCUGCAGUUCCUGGGCUCGGGGGCCUCGGGGACCUAUCUGGAUCUAGCGUGCGUGCGGCGAAUGUGUUUCCGAUGCAGAAUGGUGAGCGCUGGGUUCCGCAACGCGCAUUCCCAAUUUUUUUUCGUUUAAGAUAACAAAGUUGUCAAGAAUAACCUUAGUUCCGACGCCUGGACAUGUCGCUAGCUUGGCGCCAGGGGCGCUUUCACCAACAAAGGCGCAAGGGUUUACCGCGUUCGCUCGUCCUGGACCGUCAUUUGUAAUACAAAUGCAUU